AUGAGUGUGGCUGAGGACGCCGAGUGGCUGCGGUGGGUGACAAAGAAGUUUGGGAGCAUCACAGGGGAGGACAAAGAAAUUGAUCUGGAGGAGUUCAAAACUGCUCUGCAAGUGAAGGAGUCCUUCUUCGCUGAGAGGUUCUUCGCCCUGUUUGACUCGGACGGGAGUGGGACCAUCAGUCUGGAGGAGCUGCUGGAAGCCCUGAGCCUGCUCGUGCACGGGAGUCAGACGGACAAGCUGAGGUUCCUCUUCCGAGUUUACGACGUGGAUGGCAGCGGCUCCAUCGACCCGGACGAGCUGCGCGUGGUGCUGCGCUGGGGCCUGCGGGAGAGCGGGAUGUCCCUGCCCGAGGAGCGCCUGGGGGACCUCACCCUGGCUCUCUUUGAGGCUGCUGACAAGGACCACAGCGGCUCCAUCACCUUCGAGGAGCUCCAGGAAGAGCUGGAGGCUUUCCCAGAGGUCAUGGAGAACCUGACCAUCAGCGCAGCCAGCUGGCUGAAGCCCCCGGCGGUCCCGGCGCGGCGGCCCCGCCGGCGCUGCCUGAGCCCGGCGUUCUGGCAGAACCGCGGCAGCUCCAUCGCCUUCCUGGGGGGCUGGACCGGCCUCAACCUCCUGCUCUUCGCCCUGGGGGCCCUGCCCCACGCCGGAUGGGUGGCCCUGGCCCGCGGCUGCGGCCAGUGCCUCAACUUCAACUGCGCCUUCCUGGCAGUGCUGAUGCUGAGGAGGUGCCUGACCUGGCUCCGUGCUACCCCCAUGGCCCAGGUCUUGCCCCUGGACCAGCACGUGGUGCUGCACCAGCUGGUGGGAUACGUGGUGCUGGUGUUGGGAGCCGUCCACACGGGCGCCCACCUCGCCAACUUCUGCAGGUUGGCCGGGCAGGACGGGGCCGGGAGCCGCAGCCUCGCCGGGUUCCUGCUGUCGGCCGGGGCGGGGACGGGGGGGCUGUGGGACACGGCCCCGCAGACGGGGCUGGCGCUGCAGGGGCUGCUGGUGGCCAUGCUCCUCUUCUCCAGCCCCUGCGUCCGGCGGAGCGGGCACUUCGAGGUCUUCUACUGGACCCAUCUCUCCUACAUCUCUGUCUGGAUCCUCCUCAUCCUCCACGGCCCCCACUUCUGGAAGUGGUUUGUGGUUCCUGGCUGCCUCUUCACCCUGGAGAAGGUGCUUGGCUUGGCUUGGCGACGGGCUGGGGGGCUGCACAUCGUGGAGGUCAACCUGCUCCCCUCCAAGGUGACUCACCUGGUCAUCCAGAGACCACCAGUUUUCCACUACAAGCCUGGAGACUACAUCUACCUGAACAUCCCGGCCAUUGCCACCUACGAGUGGCAUCCCUUCACCAUCAGCAGCGCCCCUGAGCAGCAGGACACCAUCUGGCUGCACAUCAGGUCCCUGGGCCAGUGGACCCACAAGCUGUAUGAAUACUUCCAGCAGCCUGACCUGCCCAGCCUGGAGCCUAAACCCCUCAGCAGGAGCCUGAGGGAGAGGAGACACCGGGCACAGGGGGGGCUCUGCAGUGGGGCUGGCUCAGAGGGGGGCUCCGUGGCCACCGGUGGGGAUGGAGACGUCCAGCUGACGUCGUACAAAGCCACCAGCACCACUGGCCCAGGAGAAGGGGACCUGCCGAUAGGCGGGGUCUCCACCGGGCUGGGUGACACCCGUCGACUCUGCAAUGUCCAGUGCUACAUUGAUGGCCCCUACGGGACCCCGACACGGAGGAUCUUCACCUCGGAGCACGCCGUGCUCAUCGGCGCGGGCAUCGGCAUCACGCCCUUCGCCUCCAUCCUGCAGAGCAUCAUGUACAGGUACCGCCGGCGGAAGCAGAGCUGCCCCAGCUGCCACUACUCAUGGUGUGAGGACCUGCAGGAUGAGGAGAUGACGCUCAGGAAGGUUGACUUCAUCUGGAUAAACCGGGACCAGAAGCACUUUGAGUGGUUUGUCAGCCUGUUAACCAAGUUGGAAAUGGAGCAGGCUGAGCAGGAGCCAGGAGGGAGGUUUCUGGAGAUGCACAUGUACAUGACCUCGGCCCUGGGCAAGAACGACAUGAAGGCCAUCGGGCUGCAGAUGGCCCUGGACCUGCUGGCCGCCAAGGAGCAGCGCGACUCCAUCACCGGGCUGCGCACCCGGACCCAGCCCGGCCGCCCCGACUGGAGCCAGGUGUUUGGGAAGGUGGCCGAGGAGAAGAGAGGGAAAGUCCAGGUCUUCUUCUGCGGCUCACCGGCCCUCGCCAAAGUCAUCCGGGCGCACUGCGAGCACUUCGGCUUCCGCUUCUUCAAAGAGAACUUCUAA